AUGUGCGAGCGCGGUCUGUGCAGGUCGGGCUACGUGGGCUCCCUCCUCAACCUGCCGGCUCCGGACUCCUUCCACUUCCCCAGCCUGCGGGCCAAUGGAGGCCAGCUGGCUGCUCUGCCCUCCCUGCCCUACCCGCGGAGCUCGCUGCCCUGGACCUGCCCGUGCACGUGCGCAGCCCAGCCCCAGCCCCGCUCGGCGUGGUGCCCCGGCCCGGGCCGCGGGCGCAAGAAGCGGAAGCCCUACACCAAGCAGCAGAUCGCGGAGCUGGAGAGCGAGUUCCUCCUCAGCGAGUUCAUCAACCGGCAGAAGCGCAAGGAGCUCUCGCACAGGCUCCGCCUCAGCGACCAGCAGGUCAAGAUCUGGUUCCAGAACCGGCGCAUGAAGAAGAAGCGCGUGGUGAUGCGGGAGCAGGCGCUGGCGCUCUACUAGCGCGGCCCGGGGCCCACGCACGGGGCCGGGGCUCUCCACGCCGGCCCUGCCCUGGGCCUCGCUCACACGAGGGGCUGAACUGCGGGCGGCCCCUGUCUGUAAGCCCCGUUUUGCAGGAAACGAGCAGAUCAAUAAAGGAGCCUUGCU